CACAAUCACACACACACACACACACAUUCUUGUUAUUAUAUAUUGUGAUUGUGAGAGAUAUCGAUCAAAUAAUAAUAAUAAUCAUGAUGCGAAGGUUGAGGCUCUGUUGUGAAGGUGUUGAUGACAUAAACCUGGAAAACGAGCCUUAUUAUAAGAAGAAGGAGCAGAGGAACAAAACUGUGGUGGAACCACAUAGAGAACUUUACACUAAACCAUGGGAGGGUAGUGUGUUCCCCAAGAAGAGAAAGAAUUUGAAGAAUUUGGUGUGCAAAUUUGUUGUUCACUGCAUUUGUGGAAAGUGUUACAAGGAGAGUAGUGAUAAUAAGGCCAACAAGUUUCUUCCACCAACUUCGUCUUCCAAUUUCAAAAGUAUCAGAAAUUCUAAUGCCGGUGCCGCCAAUUAUGGGAACGAAACACAGAAUGCACCUAUCAAGUGGUGGCAAAUGAAGUGAAGCAACAGUUGGCAUGCACUUAUUAAUUGAGGUGAAAUUAAGAUCAAUCAUCUUACAUAAUGUUGAAGUGGUUGUGACUUUGAAGAUAUAUUAUUCCAAUAACAUAAUAAAUUGUUAGUUAGGAUUGAGUGUGAUUGUUUGUCAUGAAUUAUAUUUCUUCUCUGGGAAUUAAAUAACAGACAAUGUCAACAUUUAUGUAACAA